AUGCUACCAAAUAUAACGUUUGGUAGAACGAUGAGUUGGAAUGAAACGAACUCAACACAUUUAAUACCAAGUUACUUGAGCCAAGAGGAGUUCUUUGCGUUGCAAAACGGUUCGGAUCUGAAUUCGACGUUAAAUGACACACAUUUUGUGCUAAAGACUUGGUAUCCGAGUGGAUAUUCACCGGCGCAUAUAAUAAUCGCGUCGGUGGUCGUAACGGUUCUUAUGAUUAUGGUGGUAGUAGGGAAUAUGUUGGUGAUUAUUGCAAUAGUGACUGAAAAGGCGCUGAAGAAUAUACAAAACUGGUUCAUAGCGUCACUGGCUGUGUCGGACUUCUUUCUUGGUUUAGUGAUAAUGCCAUUUUCGCUCGCGAAUGAGCUUAUGGGUUACUGGAUUUUUGGGUUUUGGUGGUGCGAGAUACAUUCCGCGAUGGAUGUGUUGUUGUGCACCGCGUCUAUUAUGAAUUUGUGCCUCAUAUCACUGGACCGCUACUGGAGUAUAACACAGGUAGUUGUAGAAAUACGUUUAAAUAUUGUAGAGGCUAAAUAUUUUCGUAGCCCAGUUCAUUUUAUAUUACAAGAGCUAACAGUAUCGAAACUGUGUAGAUUUAACAGUGUUAGAUCUAGAACAUCAAGUAUAUCAUUGGAUUUAAACGUCUAG